AUGUUCUAUGGCGGCCUUGGCUUUGUGUACGCCGAAGGAAUCUUCAGGGCGGUCGACAUGAUGUCACACCUGUUUAACGGAGGCACCAUUAUGGAGCCAUCAGAAACUCCAGUCACGUGGGCGUUCUGGAACGCCUCGUGGUGUUCUGAUGUGCGGGAUGCCGAGAGAACGUUUCCGUUGCUGCCCGCGUUGGAUGUCACCUACACGGCCUACUUGCGGUUUAAGGACGAGGCGUCUGACUUGCGGCUCAAAGCUGCAUCUAUGUCCAAGAAGCCAUCUCGGCUAGGCCUUCCCAGCACUGCGCAGGUGGCUUCUAGGAACAAACCUGCGCCAGAUGCCACCAGUGACAAGGUAGGUGGCGCUGGUCCUUCGAUGGACCAGAACUCAAGCAAGUCUUCGCGGUCGAGUGACACCCUCCCAGCAGCGCAAGAGGUGUCCCAACCACCGCCACUUCACCAAAGGCACUCUGGCAUGGUAUCCGUCCUGGUUACGCCAAGUGAAGCCAAUGACCUGUCCUCGGUGUCUCGGCGUCCUGGUGCCGUUCAGAGGCAGCAGCGCUCCCCGGGAGUUGUCCUUCCGCACUCGCCUGGCGAUCGGGAAACCGCGACGAUGCCAGUGGUCACUGUCAGCGCGACCGGUGGGUCUACCCGCGUUCCUAAGCAGCCUGGUGAGCCGAGACGGAGCGCAGCUGCCGGCCCGGCCACCCGGGGGGGAACUCCGAGUGAGGCAUCACUAAUUUCGAGGAGGGCGAAGGAGGCACCGUCCCUGCCUACAUCGGACCUGAAUGGAGGCACAAACGCCCGAGUUAUGCCCGAUGACAGAAGGCGAACCGGGGGCACAGAUGGAAGACCACUCGACGAGGGCCUGGUUCGAGAUCCCCAGAACCACAGUGCGGUAGCCAUGUGCGCGUUGAGUGGCACUACUCCGUCCACCUCGAAGGAAUCAGCGAGUACCGCAAAGGCGCCGGUGAGGCAGGCCACCGCUCGGCGCUCAACAUUUACCGGUGCCGCACUGCAGUUCACUUCGGGAGGUGCCCAAUUGGGCCCCGCGGACAGAGGCAUGCCUACAGAUCAGAUAAUCCGUCAGACGCUGUGCCAGGAAGAGUUGUGCGCGGUUGUAGAUGUUUCUGUAUUUACCGGUGGUCGAAGUGAACGUACUCAGGAUGAUGAUGAUGAUGAUGAUGAUGACGAUGAUGGUUCAGUCACCCUAAAGCCGCACCUGCCCGUCCUUGCUGUAUUUAACACCGUCUGUCUGCCGCCCACCGUGGUGGUCUAG